AUGAAGCUCAACAUCUCCUACCCGGCCAAUGGGUCGCAGAAAAUCAUCGAGCUUGACGAUGAGCGCAAGCUUCGUCCCUUCAUGGAGAAGCGCAUGGGAGCCGAAAUUCCCGGCGACUCCCUCGGUGAUGAAUUCAAGGGUUACAUCUUCAAGAUUACCGGUGGUAACGACAAGCAAGGUUUCCCCAUGAAGCAGGGUGUUCUCCUUCCCACUCGUACCAGACUCCUGCUUUCCGACGGCCACAGCUGCUACCGCCCCCGCCGCACUGGUGAGAGAAAGCGCAAGAGUGUCCGUGGUGCCAUCACCAACUUCGACCUCGCCGUCCUUGCCCUGAGCAUCGUCAAGCAGGGUGAGGGUGAGCUCCCCGGUCUCACCGACACCGUUGUCCCCAAGAGACUCGGUCCCAAGCGUGCCACCAAGAUCCGCCGCUUCUUCGGUCUCGACAAGAAGGACGAUGUCCGCAAGUUCGUCAUCCGUCGUACCGUCACCCGUGAGGGCAAGCCCGACUACACCAAGGCCCCCAAGAUCCAGCGUCUGGUUACUCCCCAGCGCCUCCAGCGCAAGCGUCACAGGAUUGCCCUCAAGCGCCGUCGCGCUGAGGCUGCCAAGGAGGCUGCUAACGACUACGCCAAGCUUCUUGCCACCCGUGUCCACGAGGAGAAGGCCAAGCGUGACGAGCUCCGCAAGCGGAGAGCGUCUUCGAUGAGAAAGUAA